UCCGCACCGCCUUUCGUCCACAACAUGAAUCUCUUCCCCAUGGCGCAAAUGCACAUGUCCGGCUCCCCCUUCGGCGCAGGCCGAUACCCUUAUCCCCAGGGAAUGUUUGGUUUCGACUCCGGCUCCUCCUCGUCAUCCAUGCCCUGGGGAGGUGGAGGCAUGCCCGGCGGAUUCUCCAGCGGCGGUGGCGGUGUCAGCUCUGGUGGUUUCGGAAGUGGAGGUGGUUUCCCCGGAGGUGGUGGAUUCCCACCCGGCUGGUGGGAAACAAUCAUGUACGGCGGUGGAUCCGACUUCGAAGACGACGACUCCGAUUUCAGCAGCAUGUACGAUGACGAGUAUGGUGAUGAGGAUGAGGAUGAUGAUUCGACGGAUCCGUUUGUGAGGAGUUUGAGGAGUAUGAGGAUGAGGAGGCGGUGUCAGGGUGGUGGUGGUGAUGGUGGGGGAAGGAGGGGGUUCGGAGGUAAGUCUUAAAGUCCCUCCCAGAUGGCCCCUUAGGGGAUGAGGUGCAGCGGCCUAUGCUGAAGUGCACAGUGGGCGUGGACUUCAACUUCAGCGCUGGGGUGGGAGUGCACUUCGGCUGUAGCGGGGGCAGGAGGCGGAGGAGGAGGACUUGGGGCUGGUGAGUGAUUCGUGCCUUGGGCUGUGGCUAAUUUGGUUCUUUCUCUCAGGCAUGGACGGCGGGAUAGAUCCGAGAAUCGCG